AUGACCAUGUCUUUUGAACUUCAUCAGAAGAAUGAAAAUAUUUUAGACAGAAAUGGAGGUGAUAUAGACUAUCAUUUGUAUUAUUGUGUCUGAGCAGUACUAGCUCUGCGAACUCACUAG